AAACCGGCUCCGCGCUGGCGGGCCACGGGGCUAGGGACCCGGGUUUGGCCUUCAGGCUCCCCAGCAGCCGGGAAAAGGAAUUGCUGCCGGGAGUUUCUGCAGAGGUGGAGGGAGAUCAGGAAACGGCUUUUUCCUCACUUCGCCGCCUGCUGCUCUAGGCAGUGGGGAGGAGGAGGAGAAAGUGAAAUAUGCUGGAGAAGAGCGAGCCCUCCUUGUUCUUCCAGAGUCCCAUCCAUUAAGCCAUCACUUAUGGAAGAUUAAAGUUGUCGGACAUGGUGACAGCUGAGAGGAGAGGAGGAUUUCUUGCCAGGUGGAGAGUCUCCACCGUCUGUUGGGUGCAUGUGUGCGCCCGGAGCGGCGCGGGGCGCGUGGUUCUCCGCGUGGAGUCUCACCUGGGACCCGAGUGAAUGGCUCCCAGGGGCUGUGCGGGGCAUCCGCCUCCGCCUUCUCCACAGGCCUGGGUCUGUCCUGGAAAGAUGCUAGCAAUGGGGGCGCUGGCAGGAUUCUGGAUCCUCUGCCUCCUCACUUACGGUUACCUGUCCUGGGGCCAGGGUUUAGAAGAGGAGGAAGAAGGGGCCUUACUAGCUCAAGCUGGAGACAGACUAGAGCCCAGCACAACUUCCACCUCCCAGCCCCAUCUCAUUUUCAUCCUAGCGGAUGAUCAGGGAUUUAGAGAUGUGGGUUACCACGGAUCUGAGAUUAAAACGCCCACUCUUGACAAGCUCGCUGCCGAAGGAGUUAAACUGGAGAACUACUAUGUCCAGCCUAUUUGCACACCAUCCAGGAGUCAGUUUAUUACUGGAAAGUAUCAGAUACACACCGGACUUCAACAUUCUAUCAUAAGACCUACUCAACCCAACUGUUUACCUCUGGACAAUGCUACCCUACCUCAGAAACUGAAGGAGGUUGGAUAUUCAACGCAUAUGGUCGGAAAAUGGCACUUGGGUUUUUACAGAAAAGAAUGCAUGCCCACCAAAAGAGGAUUUGAUACCUUUUUUGGUUCCCUUUUGGGAAGUGGGGAUUACUAUACACACUACAAAUGUGACAGUCCUGGGAUGUGUGGCUAUGACUUGUAUGAAAACGACAAUGCUGCCUGGGACUAUGACAAUGGCAUAUACUCCACACAGAUGUACACUCAGAGAGUACAGCAAAUCUUAGCUUCCCAUAACCCCACAAAGCCUAUAUUUUUAUAUAUUGCCUAUCAAGCUGUUCAUUCACCACUGCAAGCUCCUGGCAGGUAUUUUGAACACUACCGAUCCAUUAUCAACAUAAACAGGAGGAGAUAUGCUGCCAUGCUUUCCUGCUUAGAUGAAGCAAUCAACAACGUGACAUUGGCUCUAAAGACUUAUGGUUUCUAUAACAACAGCAUCAUCAUUUACUCUUCAGAUAAUGGUGGCCAGCCUACAGCAGGAGGGAGUAACUGGCCUCUCAGAGGUAGCAAAGGAACAUAUUGGGAAGGAGGGAUCCGGGCUGUAGGCUUUGUGCAUAGCCCACUUCUGAAAAACAAGGGAACAGUGUGUAAGGAACUUGUGCACAUCACUGACUGGUACCCUACUCUGAUUUCACUGGCUGAAGGACAGAUUGAUGAGGAUAUUCAACUAGAUGGCUAUGAUAUCUGGGAGACCAUAAGUGAGGGUCUUCGCUCACCCCGAGUAGAUAUUUUGCAUAACAUUGACCCCAUAUACACCAAGGCAAAAAAUGGCUCCUGGGCAGCAGGCUAUGGGAUCUGGAACACUGCAAUCCAGUCAGCCAUCAGAGUGCAGCACUGGAAAUUGCUCACAGGAAAUCCUGGCUACAGCGACUGGGUGCCCCCUCAGUCUUUCAGCAACCUGGGACCGAACCGGUGGCACAAUGAACGGAUUACCUUGUCAACUGGCAAAAGUGUAUGGCUUUUCAACAUCACAGCCGACCCAUAUGAGAGGGUGGACCUAUCUAACAGGUAUCCAGGAAUCGUGAAGAAGCUCCUACGGAGGCUCUCACAGUUCAACAAAACUGCAGUGCCGGUCAGGUAUCCCCCCAAAGACCCCAGAAGUAACCCUCGGCUCAAUGGAGGGGUCUGGGGGCCAUGGUAUAAAGAGGAAACCAAGAAAAAGAAGCCAAACAAAAAUCGGGCUGAGAAAAAGCAAAAGAAAAGCAAAAUAAAGAAGAAGAAACAACAGAAAACAGUCUCAGGUUCAACUUGCCAUUCAGGUGUUACUUGUGGAUAAGCGCAAAUAUUUCCUGUUUGGUUAAACUUUAAUCAGUUCUUAUCUUUCAUCUGUUUCCUAGGUAAACCAGCAAAUUUGGCUCGAUAAUAUCGCUGCCCUAAGCGUCAGGCUUGUUUUCAUGCUGUGCCACUCCAGAGACUUCUGUCACCUGGCCGCCACACCGAAAACUGUUCUGCUCAGUGCCAAAGGUGCUACUCUUGCAAACCACGCUUAGAGUGGAGAUGUUUGUUUCUCUUGCUCCUUUAGAAAACGUGGUGAGUCCUGAGUUCGACUGCUGUGCUUCAGUCAACUGACCAAACACUGCUUUAAAUUAUAGGAGGAGUACAAUAACCUACCAUCCACAAGCAUGCUAAUUUGAUGGAAGUUACAGGGUAGCAUGAUUAAAACUACCUUUGAUAAAUUAUAGUCAAAGAUGUGUCACCUCAAAGGCCUUGAAGAAUAUAUUUUCUUUGUGAAUUUUUGUAUCUCUGUCGUAUGACACUUGGGUUUCUAAAUUAAUUCUAUUUCUCAUAUAUAUAUAUGUUUCUUUUCCUGUGAAAAGCUGUUUUUCUCACAUGUGAACAGCUUGCACCUCAUUUUAUCAUGCAUGAGGGAAUGGCAAAUAAGAAUGUUUGAGCACACUGCCCACAAUGAAUGUAACUAUUUUCUAAACACUUUAAUAGAAGAACAUUUCAGUAUAAAAAAACCUAAUUUAUUUUUACAGAAAAAUACUAUUUUGUUGUCAUAAAAAGUUAUGCAAAUGACUUUAAUUAUUUUAUUUUUAUUUCCUGCAUACCAUUAGAAGAGUUUUAUUUCAUUUCUUCAAAUUACCAAGCACUGUAAUACUAUGAAUUACUGUAAUACUGUGCGAAUUCAUAGACUAUAAAAACAUCAUUCAGAAAACAUUAUAAUCAUCAUUGUUCAACCAUGAUUUUGAAUGUAAUAAGAUGAAUAUAUUCCUUACAAAUUACUUGGAAAUUCAAUGUUUGUGCAGAGUUGAGACAACUUUAUUGUUUCUAUCAUAAACUAUUUAUGUAUCUUAAUUAUUAAAAUGAUUUAUUUUAUGGAACUAGAAAAUUUACUGUGGCUUUUCUGAUCUAACUUCUAGAUAAAAUUGUAUCACUCAUCCUAAAAAAUAAAGAUCUUUACUAAUAGGCAGUUGAAGGAAUGGUUUGCUAACAACCACAGUAAUAUGAUUUUACAGAUAGAUGCUUCCACUUGGCUAUGACAUGGAGAAAGAUGUUCCCAUAUUAAUAAUAUUAUUAAUUAUUAUAAAAUAUAAAAACCUAACAUUUAUAUUAGGUUGGUGCAAAAGUAGUUGCAGUUUUUGCCAUUAAGAGUAAUAACCUUACUCUUAUACAAAGUGGACACUGUGGGGAGAUACAGAGAAAUGGAAUAUAUGGAUCCUGCCUGGAGUAAGUUAUCUUGUUUGGAAACCACACAUGCAAACGUCAUGAGGAUAAUUAAAGGAGUAUUAUCAGUAACGAAGUUUAUCAUGGGUCACCAAUGAGCAUAGAUUGGUGUGGUUCCUGUAGACCCUGGUGUGUUCUUUGAAGUGCCCUCUCCUAAUACAGAGGCCUCGAAGCCUCGCGGUAUACACUUGAAAAGUCACAGAUAGCUAGAAUUGUGAUCUUUGAAGUUAUAACUGUGAUAAGAAAAUGUGUGUGGUGGUAUGACAGCAUACCAUUAAACACAUUUAUAUCACAGCUCAAAGGACUGAUAUAAUACAUUUAUAUCACAGCUCACAAUUUCUGAAAAUGUAUUAAAGAAUCUGUAAUCUAGCACUGAAAUUACUAAAUUGGAUAAGAUGAUUUAAAGGAUUUUAAUUUUAAUGUUUUAUUUCUAGAAUAUAUGGCUACAGUUUAUUUUAUAGUAUAAAGUUGUAUUUCCUAAAGUUUGUGUUUUGUCGACGGUAUCCUUUAAAUGAGUCUUAAAAAUAAAGGCAUAUUGUUCAUGUUUUCCUUUCCCAGUGGCACAUAAAUAACAUGUCUUAAAAUAGAUAGUAUCCUAUACACUUUUAAAAAAUAGACAUCUUUACACUAAAAAAGAAUUCUGAAGAAAGUAAGUUUGGGAGAUGUUGGGUUAAAGAAAGUCAAAGGAGUCACUUUAAUGCAGAUGUUUGUUAGAAUUUUUAAAAUCUUAGCUUGCAUUGUAACCCUGACAGAAGGAAAAUGUUAUACAGUAUUUCAUAAUUUCACCAUAAAACUGUUCUCUGUGGCACAAUGCACAGGACUAGCAUUCUGAGGAACUAUACUGUUAUUGGAAACACAGUGUAAAAAUAGAGUCUUCUAGAAGUUCCUAGAAAGACAAAAAAAGAAGCAAAGAGGCAAAUUAGGAUUAUGAAAUACCAGUAGGUAUCACCUAUUGUGGUGUAAUUCUAAGUUCUCUAUAAAUGAUUAUAAUCUUCUCAGUGAAAAUAAUUUAGCCCACAGUGUUCUACUGGAAAUGGCUUCAUGGAUGUUGAUUGCUGUUUUAAAGAGUACCUGCCACCUGCCCAGGGCUCUAGGCAGGAUGUGGUUUACGAGAAGUCUCAGUGUCUUGCCCUCAAGAAAUUAAAAUCCUUUCUAAUAGUCAUAUAUAAGUCAUGAACAAAAAUGUUUCUAAAAAUGCUGUUGGCAAAUCACUAGGAAUUUCAAGAUGGACAGGAAGGAAAACACUGUGUCGUUGAGUUUUGUGCCCUAAUCACUGAUGCCAUGUUAAUAUGGGAAAUUCAUUCUCAGGUGUUAGUUUCCUAAACUGUGAUCUUCAAGAUGCGUUUCUAGGCUGCCUGUGGUUCUUUCAAGUGUAAACUGCACCUCUUUCAAACCUCUGAUCUUUCUUAGGGCUUCAAAAGAAACUUCAUUAGCUUUGUCAGAAAAUAAUUUUUGAAUAUGGCUGUGUUUCUGGGUUGAGAACAGAUAUAAAAACAUUUUCUUCCAAUGAGAACAUCAACAACGAAAAUAUUUGUAGUACCUUUCAGCCAGUGAAAACAUCUACCCCAGGUCUGUCAACUGUCAGGUCUAACUAAAGAACUUGUUUCAUCUGUUUUUACAUACUCUUUCUUCAUUUUUCUAAACAUUGAAUGGAUAGUUUUGUUUUCUUGACCAGGCCCCUUUUAAAAUUUUUAAGCACAGAGGAUCACUGUCAUUGAUAGUUGAAUAAUUAUACUUUUUUGUACUUUCAACAUUCCUCUGUGAGAAUAUACCAUAUUAGCGUGCAUGGCUCCACAUUAUUUCUUUAUAUUACUGAACAGUAUUUUAUUAUAUAGAUAUGCCAUUUUUUAUCCUUUCACAUGUUAAUGGACACUUGGGUUGUUUCCAGCUUAAGGCUAAUAUAACUAAAAAUGCUAUGUAUUUUCAUGUGCAGGUGUUUCUUGAUUUUCUAAGGCAUAUGAAUUUCACGUCAGAAUUAGCUUCCUAAGCAUUUUAUUCAUACCAUUUUUGAACAUACAAAUUGUGAAUUUGUCAGUAGCAGAAUGUGUGAUGUUGGCAGGAAAAAGUUUCCUUGCCAAAAGCAGCACAAUUCCUCUAUGGUAAACUGAUAGCUACUUUAUUUCCUCAUGCAAUGACUUCAUAGAAUCCAUUCACUCAUUCAAUAAAUGCAUGCUGAAUGUUACUCUCUCAGGCAAUGUUGUAGGAUCUUGGGAUAUAUAAGUGUAUGAAAUGAAUAAAAAUUCUUACCCUUGGGCAGGUUAUCUUCCAGCUGAGUGAAGCAGACAAUAAAUAAUAAACACAACUAAUUAUAACAUUAUAUACUAUAUAAAGUAGUGUGAAAAAAGAGUAGAUCAGGAUAACGGGAGGAUUCACUCUACACCAAGUUUAUCCAUCCAUUCAUUCAGCAUUUGUCAAGUGCCUCGUGUAAUGGUGUGCAUGGGAUGUGAUGGCAAGUGACAUCAGGCAGAGUCCUUGCCUUCGGGUGUGCCCCUGCCUUUUUAGUGUACAUUCUCCUAGAAGAUGCAGCCAUGAACCCAAUAACCAAACACCUCAUCCCUGCCAUCCUCCCACCAUGGCUAUCCCACUUUCCAGCUUGAUCUUCCUUGUUAGCAUUUAAUAUGCUUCAGAUUUUACUCACAAGUUUUCCUUAUUGUCUGUUUCAUUCCCCUAGAAUAUAAGCUUCUUAAGAAAAGUGAUUUCUGUAAGUUCUGUUUACAUGUGCAUGGCCAGUAUAUAAAAUGGUGUCCUACUCAUACUUAGCACUCAAUGUUUUUGAGUGAAUAAAUAAGAUAAUCACAUUUAUCCAUAUGUUCAGCCACAUUUGCCUAAGUUUCCACUUUCUAUUUCUGGUACAGGGAUUUCAUUGUUGAAAAAUAGAACUAAUCAUCCUUAAUACCUUUAGCAGCAAUGAUAUGAAAUGCAGAAAUUUCUAACACUAUAAAAAACUAACUCUAAUAUUGUAUAGUUAUAGGAACAUGCUGUUACAGCAAAAGCAAAGCAAAAAUUAUACAAAAUUGAGAGCAAAUUUUAUCUAUCAUCUUUAUUACAUAACAGGAUAGAACAUGAUUAUUCUAACGCUACUUGGAAUAUUACAGAAUACAUUAGCUUAAAUGAGUUCCCAGAAAGAAAAGAUGAGGGCUUAAAUUGUCAAUAACUUUUUGUACCAAAUCAUGAAAGGAAAAAAAUAUAAUUAGCAAAUAAACCUCUAUGUCUUCAUAGAAUUAUAAAGCCAAAUGGAAUAUACCUCACAUCCUUGGGUAUUCUAUUACAAACCUCUCCAAUAUGGCAAAGCAGAAAUUCUGCUUUUUUAAAGAUAUAUUUUUCUUAAAUAUUUUACUAGUCAUAGCAUCUCUAUGAAUUUGGUUGAUUCAUUGGUUAAACAUGGUAUUAUUUAAAGCACAGAACCUGAAUGUUGCCUUUGGGGAUUAGGUAGAUUUGAACGUAUCUACCUAACUUUCAAUUUCAUAUCUAUGAUUUGAAAUUUCCUUAUAUUCAAAUUUACUGCAAUCCUGUAACAUUUUUUGCCAGUUGGUUUAUGCAAUUUCAGGUAAAAUCAAUCCCAAUAAUUGAAAAACAAACAACAGAAUAGCAAAGGCAUAUUAGAAAUGUCUACCCAUCCACUCUUUGUAGAAAUUAUUCAGCUGAUAAUUGUAAAUAGAGAGCAUCUUAUUGCACAAUCAAACAAAAGUAAAAUUUGUCUUUCAGUAUAAAAAUCCAAAAAUAAUUUUUAAUAUCACUUCCAUCAUAUUAAUCUUUCUAGAAACAAUGCUUUAAGAAUUAAAGUCCUUCAACUCCAGGGUUGAACAUGGAGGAUGAAGAGGGAAUACCUUCAGCUGACCUUCUAAAUCCUAAACAACUGUGAGAAAAAAAACUUUUUAUAACCAAGGUUUUUAAAAAGUCUUGAUUUAAUUUAGUAUCUGAAAUCAUAUUUUUUAUGUCAUCAUCACCAGAAUUUCCAGAGGCUUCCUUUGGGCAAACAGCGUUAAGUCCUCAGUCAGCGAGUUAUUCUGUCUCUAAGGCAGAUCCCACUAAAACUUCUCUAUUUUUAGUUAUUCCUGAUUAAAUAAUCCCCUCUAGCACCUAUGAGGUGGGGAAUUACAAGCAUAAAAAGUCCUGCAAUUAUUUCUACUAUACAGUCAGACAUAAUAGCAACAAAACAAUACAGUGUUUUAUUAAACUUUUUUUUUCUUUUCUUCAAGUUUUGCUCAAGAUCCUAACAGUUAACAUAGUGUUUCAGAGAUUAAGGUAAACAGCUUCUGAGGAAUCGUGCUCUCUCCCAGCUGGGAGCCAUGGCGGCUGCAGUGGCAGUGGAGACUAGGUGAGGUGGGUGGAGAGGUUUUUCCCCUUACCUUUUUAUUUGGCCCCUUGCCUCUGCACUUCUCAGCGUCCCGGCUGUGCUAGGGCUAUUUCUUUCUGAACUCACAUGCAACCAUAACUCCACAUUUUCCUUUCUUGGCACCCUUCUCCAUACCAAAGUCCCACAUCCGUUUCUGCCACAGGACUAGGCACAUUAUAGCUAUGUCCAACACAACAGAGGUAUCAACAAGUGAAUUCCUCCCUCCCAAAGUUCUCCCAGCAUAAAGGGAUGAAUGUGUAGAGCUAUCUCAGCCUUCUGGUGACGAGAAGACCUGAGCCCCACCCAUAAAUCUUCAAGGAGCUGAGAUCAGAGUGGGAGUGAGCAAUCAGGAAGCCAACAAAUUGUUCCCACCUGAGUAAGUGAGCGACCUCUCCCUUCAGGUCCAAGCAGUUUAGCAGCUGCAAUGUCCAAAGCCGCUUCAGCUUUGGGAACUAAUUAAUGCUUUCUCUUUCUGCCCAGAAGAGAGAGCAGUGAAUAAGGUAACUUCUAACUUCUAUUUGGAACCUAUCCAAAGCCUACCUUGGGUAUUUCUUCUCUUCUUACAUAGAGGAGUGAACAACAUAGAUUUCUAACAUUCUUUACCCACCCACCAAAAGCCCAACGUUGGGAAUUCCUGGACCCUUUCUUCUCUUGCUAGGAGAAGGCAAAAACUAAAAGCCUUCUCUAAAACCUAAAACCAUUUGGGCUGCUUGUUCCAACCUACCCCCAGCCUUCAACCAACAGUUGUCUUCCAAUCCUUUCAAUCUGUCUGCUAUUGGCUCUUGCUGUCUUCUUUCAAAUCCUGUUAGUUAGCCUGGGGGCCAUCCUCUAUCUCUUUCAGAAAACCACGUUUCAAACAGGAUCCCAUUCUUGUCAGUAAACUUGGUAAGUUUUUAUGAUCUGUAUUUAUUCCUUGUUAUCCUGAAUGCAACCAUGAAGUUUCUGGAACUCAGAGUCAUCAUUGUUCAUUACAGCAACGGCAGCAGUGUCACAUAGGUGAUGCAAGGAAAGCCACAUGUUUAGCACUACAUGUACAGGAGUCGCAUCAUAGGAGAGGAAGCCUAAAAUUAUGAAUCUGGAAAUAUAUAUAUAUACACACACAUAUGUGUGUGUGUGUGUGUAUACAUAUAAAAAUAUAAAUAAAAUGCCCCCCCUCUCCUCCCUUCCUGAGAGAGAAACAUUUGCUCCCUGGUCUUUUAGAGUCCUUUGGACUGUAAAUAAAUGUUCUGAAGAAAAGAGAGGGGAAAGUACCCCAAAAUGCAAACAGUUGGCUCUGACAGAAAUAAGUUUUAUUACUCUUUAAGAGCAGAUAAUUCCCCAUGUAAGACACUUCAACGUCCGAGCUUGUCCUUUGACCCAGGUGCCAGUAACAUUUGUCAGAAAGUCCUAACUAUGCAGAAACAUGAGAAUAUUCACUUUCUGACAUAGAUCAGUGGUUGCAGAUGGAAGUUGAAGCAGGGACUGACAGAAAACAGGUAUGAGGGAAACUUCAGGGUGAAGGAGGUACCUUAAAACUGAAUCGUAGGGAUGAUUGUACAUUUGCAUGAUGUACUAAAAAAAAUCACUGAACUGUAUAGUUACAAUGGGCAACUGUAUGACAUGUAAAUUAUUCCUCAAAAAAGCUGCUAAAUGCAAGCCAGGAGCUAGAAUAAUUAUUCACAAUAAAUAUAACAACAAAAAAUCUCCAGAAUAUAUAAUGAACUCCUACAAAUCAAUAAGAAAAAAUAACGGAAAGAGUCCUCACAAAAGAUGACACACAAAUGCACAGUCAAUAUAUGAAAAUGUGCUAAAAAUCAUUAGGCAUUAGAGAAGUGUAAAUUAAAAUCAUAAUGCUAUGCCAGUACAUUUGUAUCAGAAAGGCUAAAAUGAAAAAGAUAGUACCAGGUGUUGGUAAGUAUGUGGAACAACUGAGUGGAAGUGUUUGUGAGAGUGUAAACUAAUAUAACCACAUCAGAAAACGUUUUGGCUGUAUCAAUGAAAGUUUAACAUUUAUAUCCCUAUAACUCAGCAAUUUUAUUCCUAGGAAUAUACCCUGGAGAAAUGCGUGUAUAGAUAUUCACCAAAAAUCAUGUAAAGAUAUAAUUCAUAGAAGCACUAUUUAUAGUAUCCUAACACUGAAAAGCACACUUAAUUAUUCAUCAGCAAGAGAAUGAGUAAACAAAUUGUGAUAUUCUCAUAUAAUGGAAUGUUAUUCUAUUGAGGGGGACGUGUUGAGGGGUUACUAGAAGGGGCACAAGAGGGACUUCUGGGGUUCUGCUAAUAUUUUUGUCUCUGUGCUGCUUGUGGUUAUAUGUUCAGUUUUCUAAAAUUCAUUAUCUAUAUAACUAGAGUUUAUGUACUUCUCUGUGUUUGUUAUACUUCUCACCACUACCGGAGUCUACGAUAUAUAUAUAUUUAUAUGAGAUAUAUAUAUAUAUAUAUCAUAGCAAUUCCACUCCCAGAUAUUUGCCCAAAUCCAGGAAUAAAACUAAUACAUGCCUAGCAGAGUGUCUUGCACACUGUAAUAUUCAAUUAACAUGAAACACAGAACAGAAAGGCCUAAUUUACCCACCCUAUUUUUUUUUAAUCAUAUUAACCAGCAUGCAGAAAUUUCUGGGACCUAAAUAUCCAGCCCUAAUACAUAUUAUAGAUGACUACCACCAGGGGUCAUGCUAGCAGGUUUGUUUCAACAGGUUGAGGCUGAAUGUAAUUAAUUUUAUAAUUUUUAAUAGUUUAAAUCCAGUUUUUUAAAAUUAAAUUAUGAAACAGGUGAUGUGAAUAAUCAUAUUGAAUGGUAAGUGCAAUAAAAUCUACAUAUGCGUUGAAUUCACAAUUGAGUCGUGUCCAAUAUUACAGUCUAACCUCAAUUCCUAUCAAAUAAUUUAAGUUAAAAAAUAGUGGGUCCCAUAUUUAUGGCUUUCUGAUUAUAGAGUCUUCUACUGAGGUAACAUGAUUCCCCUUGAAUUCUUCUCUAUUGUUCUUAUCUUUGUAGUGACUAUCCUUGUAUUUCUCUGCAUUGCUCCACUCCACCCCACCACUAUUUCCUCUGCCUAUUCAUCUCUCCCUCCUUCUCUAGCUCUUUUCUCUUUGUCAUCUUUAUUUUCCCUUCUCCCUCUUUGUAAUUAUAAUCUCUUUAAUAUUUUUAAAAACUAACCAAACUCAUAAUAAAUUAGAGUCUGUGUACCUAUCUUUAAAAAAAUCUUUGGGCAAACUUUUAUACUAGGAUGCAUAUUUCCACAUAGCCACUUAUAUUCCAGCCUAAUCUAAGAGUGAAAAUGACUGUUGACCAGAAAUUAAUACUUUUACCGAUAGUCAAAAAUAGUGAUCAUAUUUCAACAAUAGAUAACUUUAUUUACUAUUGCCAGAAAGACUCAUAAUCAUCUUUGUGUGUAUAUGUUUAAUUAUAAUCACACUUGAUUGAAUUACAGUUUCCAAGAAUUAAUUAUGGCUGUUAGUGGCUAUUAAAUGAGAAAAUGUGUUUGCAGCUCAAACAUUUGUCUUGUUAUGUUUCCUAGUGGAAAAAGGCAAAUACUGACAGGAUGUCAGUUUAAGUGAAUUCAUGUUACUACCCUGCACAAUAAAAUAAUAUACAAGGCUGUGCUUUGUGAAUUGUGAGUUACAUUAGUGAAUAUCAUUUUCUGAUUGCCUGCAUUUUUCCUAUUUUAUAUACAUGAUUAUUUUUGUAAGUAAAAUUAAUAUAAAAUUUAAUUUGAAUACUUGUGAAUAAAGAGAUGUAGCAUUGUUUUCUAUUAAACUACACUAAUCCUCUCAAGCAAAAAGUAGUUUAUUAAAUCAUAUUCCAUUAAUUUUAAGGUGUUGAUGCGUUUGUCAUAUUACCUAAUUGACACUGUGUUAUGGGAGAAUUUUUGUGGCAUAUAUUUUGAAUUACUUUCAAUUGUCUUAAGAUAACUGAAUUUGAAGAAACAAUAGCUAUUUUGUUAUCUAACUUCACUUGUAAAUUUCACCUACUCAUUCUUACUAAAAACAAAUAAAAAUUUUAAUAAACUUCAGGUUAUUAAUAUACUGUAUUUCUCCUUUUCCCUCUAACCACCUUUUGACCAUUAUUUCUACUAUAAAUUAUUUCAUUUUCUUUACAAUUCAUAAACAAAUCUUGCUUUUCAUCAAGAUUUAUUUAUUGUGAACAAUUCAUUAUGAAACAGUGAACAUUAUGAAAAAUAUUCUAAUUUCCUUAUAACUUGUUAUUAAUGCUAAUUUACUCCAUAAUUUAUUUAACCUUUAAAGCAUCUUUCUCUUUUGAUAUUUAUCUUUAAAAUCCUUUUGUAAGCAGCUGUUUACUGAGUUGAAGCAUUUUAUUAGCUUAUUUGGAUGCUGUACAUGCUCAUGAAAUACUGCCAAAUAAAUCCUUGAAAAUUUA